GAGCAUUGCUACGGUGGAGCUGAUAGGAUUUCAUGCUGUUGGAUGAUCGUCCCCACAAAGUUAAGAAAGGAAGCGAGUGGGGCGGAGCACGGGUUGUUUCCAACUACCAACUGUACUGGCUGGAAGGCAAUCUGGACAUGUGAGGCUGACACGCGUGUAGAUACCAGUGUUGUGCUGUGACCGCCUUCAUAAAUUAUGUUACGACCUGCUGCUUUCUAGUUUCCCGAAGAAACUGAUGAAUAUAAUCUUUUGCAUUUAUUGAGUACGUGUGCCAUUUUCUGGAUCAAAGACCAACAUGCCUCAAGAAAAGAAGGUGCUUCAGCCAUCUUUGCAAGGUGCUAUUGAUCUCACUGCGGGAGCUACAGGUGGAGUUGCCUGUGUUUAUACAGGACAACCCUUCGAUACUGUAAAAGUCAAGAUGCAGACCUUUCCUAACAUGUACAAAAAUGUGUUGGACUGUACUGUGAAGACAUAUAAGGAACGUGGCGUUCGGGGAUUCUACCAAGGCACAACUCCUGCCCUAAUGGCUCAUAUAUCAGAGAAUGCUGUGCUGUUCCUGUCAUAUGGGUUUUGCCAAAGGGUAGUGAGAAGUCUAUGUGGACUGGACACCAAAGCUGAGCUCAGUGAUAUACAGAAAGCAGCUUCUGGCUCAUUUGCAUCAGUAUUUGCCUCAUUGGCCAUUUGCCCAACAGAGUUAGUCAAAUGUCGUCUCCAGGCAAUGCAUGAAAUGAAAUCUUCAGGAAAACUAGCCAAAGGACAUCCGAGCACAGUUUGGGCAGUGAUUAAAAAUGUUUUGAAAACCGAUGGUCCUCUUGGCCUGUACCAAGGUCUGACAAGCACAUUGAUGAGGGAAAUGCCUGGUUACUUUUUUUUCUUUGGUGGCUAUGAACUCAGUCGCACCCUUUUUACAAGAGGAGGCCGGUCCAAAGAUGAUCUAGGUCCUAUUCCCUUGAUGGUGAGUGGUGGUUUUGGAGGUGCCUGUUUGUGGAUUGCUGUUUAUCCAAUCGACUGUGUAAAAUCUCGUAUACAGGUCCUCUCAAUGGCAGGCCAGCAGGCUGGUUUCUUUAAUACUUUCCGAAAUAUUCUCAUGAAGGAAGGUUUGAAAGCAAUCUACUCUGGAUUAACACCAACAAUGAUACGUGCAUUUCCUGCCAAUGGUGCAUUAUUUUUGGCCUAUGAACAGAGUAGAAAAGCUAUGAUGGAUUACAUGAGUGACUGAUGUGUAUUCUAAAGAAUGAUUGAAGCAUUGCUCCCAAGAAUUUGAUUAUGCUGCAAAAAGCCAGUUUAGGACUAGCUGGAACAUAAAGCUGGAUAUUUGAUACUGUACAUGGUAGGAUGCUUAAAAUCAGUGCAAAGAAAUUGUGGAUCUUUCACAUGUAGCUGAACUUAAUUUAACAUUAACUUAAUUAAUGCCAAAUUUGUAAUGUAUUCUAUAACUCAAAAUGGUGUUC